AAUUGAAGUAUCCUCUUCCUCUGGGCUGAUGCAAUAGUUCGUAUGAGAAAUCUGAAUUGUUUCAAUUUUCGAGUUUGCUCAAAAUCAGAAUUAUUAACAAGUAGAUUGAAGUUUGUGUAUUUCAAAUUUUGUACUUUUUGCAGUCAACUUCUCUGUCAUAAUGGAUGAAGAAACAAUGAUUGAUUUCUCCGUGAAAAAGAAGAAAAAGAAGAAGAACUUCGAUUUGGAUGCUGCACUUGGAAAAGGACCGGAUGAUGGAGAACUUAUGGAUACAUCGACGACCCUCGAUAAAGAAAACCAGGAGCCGGCCGCUAAUAACGAAGACUUCGACGAUGGGUCCCUAGAUUUGGACAGUUUUGGAAAAAAGAAAAAAAAGAAGAAAAAGACCACUUUCAAUUUGGAUGAGUUGGAUAACGCCUUACCUGAAGGUGGAACUGCUUCAAACGAUGGUUUCUCCGUCGAACCCCAAACGGGUACAGAAACAAUUGCCGAUCAAGAAGAUUUCGAUUUGGACAUGGACUUUUCGAAAACGAAGAAAAAGAAAAAAAAGAAGAAAGAUCUAGAUGAGUUAGUUGGUGAAGAGGUAGAUAGAAAACUCGAAUCGAAAGAUGAAGCAGAGGAUGAAAGUCAAACAUGGAGUGGAUCUGAUCGAGAUUAUACUUAUGACGAACUACUCACCAGGGUUUUUGAAAUUAUGCGUGAAAAGAAUCCAGAUAUGGUAGCGGGUAAAAAACAAAAGUUCAUUAUGAGGCCUCCUCAAGUCGUACGAAUUGGUACAAAGAAAACUUCUUUCGCCAAUUUCAACGAAAUAUGCAAAACGUUGCAUCGUUUACCCAAACAUUUAUUGGAUUUCUUGUUGGCUGAGUUAGGUACUAGUGGUUCUGUAGAUGGUAACAAUCAAUUGAUAAUUAAAGGACGUUUUCAACAAAAACAGAUAGAAAACGUUCUUAAACGUUAUAUUAAAGAAUACGUUACUUGUCAUACUUGUCGGUCUCCUGAGACAAUUUUACAAAAAGAUACUAGAUUGUUUUUCCUUCAAUGCGAAACUUGCGGGUCGCGGUGUUCUGUCGCUAGUAUUAAAUCAGGUUUUCAGGCUGUUACUGGCAAACGUGCAGCAAUCCGUGCCAAGACUGUGUAAUCACGAUCGAUAUUCUGAAAUUUUGAUUCUUAAAAAACCUCCAAUUUUCAGCGAACGAAACUGCUUUAGCUUAGUGUUAUCGAAUAUGUUUUGUUAUUUUUUUAAAUUGUCGCUUGAUUUGUAAUUGUCUGUGCUUUUCUCAUGUAAUGAAAAUUGUAUCGCAUUCAAUGCUAGUUUAUUGAAUUUUAAAUUAUGUUAAAAUAUCAUUUUUUUUAUGUUCUGUGAAAAAGUGUUUGAAUAACGCCUUUUGUACUCUCCUUUGAAACUAUCUUUAAACUACAUAUUUCCUUAUUCUCGAUUUUUAUUGAGAAUACUAAUUAAUUAAUUGGUCCAUGUGAUACAAUGAUAUAAAAUUAUUUCGACAAAAAGUCUCGCUAGAUUUCAACCAUCUCAUUAUGUGAGAUGAUUUCAGGAUGACUAGAAAAAUUUCAGUUCAUACCGAUAGAAAAUCAGCAGAGUGCUUUCUUCACCGAAAAUUACUUGUAAAACUAUCAUCGUAACCAGCGGCCCUGCUGAUUUCUCCCGUAUGUUCGAACUGUUGAAUUAACUGCCGGGAUUUUUUUACUUUUUGGUACCUACCUUUUUUUUCCUUGUCUGAUAAAUGAUUGUGUAACUCAGUGAUAAGCGAUCAGGUGAAAUUACGUUUCUCAAUUGUAAAUAAAGUACCUAAUGUUGAUAGUCGCAAUAAAUAUUCGAUUUGAACAAGA